AUGGCACUGAUUGAAGAAGACAUUCCACAAUUUGGUGAACUUAUUGUUCUUGAUAGAUUCAAUGAAUUUGGUGAAGUUGAUACAGGAAUUGAAGAUUCAUUCCCAAUAAUAAAAAAUCAAAAAACAUCAAUUGGAAGAAACGUUGGUAAUACAAUAACAAUUAAUCAUCCAGCCAUUUCAGGUACUCAUUGUGUCAUUUGGAGUAUUCAAUUUGAUGAUAAUUCAAUUCCUUUAAUCUAUUUGAAAGAUGUUUCAUUAAAUGGUACUUAUAUCAAUGAUGUUAAGAUUGCUAAGAACUCUACAGUGUUAUUGAAUCAUUUAGAUACAAUUGCAAUUGAAUAUGGUAUUGAACUUGAAUAUCAAUCAAUCUUUGGUAAUCAAGAAGCUGAAUAUGGUGAUGCUAUAAUGAAUGAAAGUUCUAUUGUCAAAGAGUUACCUGGAUGGUCAAUAACUAAAGGUAAUUCAUUAUGUUCAAUACCAGAAUUUGAAGCAUUAGUUAUAGUUUAUCAAAUCACAAAUGCAUUACGUUAUCUUCAUCAAAAUGGAAUAGUUCAUAGAGAUUUAAAAUUAGAUAAUAUUUUAUUAGCUACACCAGAACCUUUCACUAAAGUUGUUUUAGCAGAUUUUGGUAUAGCUAAAUCAAUUUGUUCAACAAAGAGAAGAAUGUUUACUGUUGUUGGUACACCUGAAUAUUGUGCACCAGAAGUUGGAUUUGAUUUGAAAAAAAAUCCUGAUUUUAAAAAAGGUAUAUUAACUAAAUCAUCACUUGUUAAAAGAGGUUAUGAUUCAAAAUGUGAUAUUUGGUCAUUAGGUAUUAUAAGUCAUAUUAUGCUUAGUGGAAUUUCACCAUUUUAUGAAGAUGGUAAUGAAUUAAAUAUUAUUAAAAGUGCUAAAAAAGGUCAAUUAAAUUUUAAAUUAAGACAAUGGUCAAAAGUUUCACUUUUAGCUAAAGAUUUUGUUUCAUCUUUACUACGUGUUAAUAUUGAUAAAAGGUUAGACAUUUUAGAAUGUUAUAAUCAUGAUUGGAUUCAAAUUCAUAAUGGUGAAUUGCAAAGAAUUUAUAAAAAAAUUUUAACCAAUUUUACAUAA